AGAAGGUUGAGAAUUGAGAUCUUCGUUUGAUAUUCCUUUGGCUUUGUUGCGGUGACUCUACUUGACUGCAACUUAACUGCGUUUCUAAAUCUCACUAGUGGUCUUCAAUUGCUCCUCGUUGCCUAUUUGUCUUCCACGCGAUUGCGACUUGCACUUCAGAUCUGAUAAUCUCACUUCUCAAAAGCUCCCCAUUCAAUUCAAGUGUUUACUAUUUUUUAUCAUCAUGGCUUUCACUGAUGACGCUGUUAAAGCAAAGCUAUCAGCUCUGAACGACUCGCAGGAGAGCAUUGUCACUGUUGCGCAAUGGGUCAUGUUCCACAGACGCCAUGCUGAACGGACCGGACAAAUUUGGCUUCAAAAGAUUCGCGACUCGCCGCCUCCCAAGCGACUCAACCUGAUCUACCUAGCCAAUGAGGUUGCCCAGCAAUCUAAAGUACGCGGAAAACAUGAUUUCCUCAUUGCGCUAUCCCCGAUAAUUGUCGAUGCUACAUCAGCGGCUUACAAGGGCUCGUCGAAUGAAUACCAACAAAGGAUCCGCCGAGUCGUGGAGGUCUGGAGACAACGCAAUGUAUUCGACACAGCUAUUUUGGAUGCAGUGGAAGCUCGCAUAGACGAACUCGACAAAGCUCGUCCUACAAACAAGAAGCAAACCCUCGGAGGAUCUUUCUUCAAGGACACUUCUUCGGGAUCCACCCCGUCCGAACUACAGCCUCUCAACCCAUUGCAGGUUGCUGUCAACAAGGCUGUCAUCAACUCCAACAAUUCCGCCACAACCGCUACUUCAGAGUUCGACAAGCUUCACGAUCCCAAGACUCCAAAGCCUACACUGCCCGUUCACGCCGCACGUCUUAGUUCACUCUUGAAGACGCUCGCCAACGCAGAAAACUCCGUAUCCGAGGUAAUCAAGUCGCGCCGUGCCUUGAUCGAUGGGCUUGAGAAGAUCCUUCAGACCAACCGUGCAGAGCUGUCGAAGGAGGAGACCCUUAGCAACGAGCUCUCACAGAAGAAAGCCUCAGUCGAUAACGAGAAGCGCGAGGUCGAAGAUGCGAUUAUGCGCGGUCUGCCCAGUGAAGAGUCUUCCACAAACCCCGGCGAACACAGCGGACAUGAUGACGUAUCCGCCCGCCCAGAAGUCGAAGCUUUGACACCUCCCCCGGUGGAAGCUAUUACACCAGUGGGGUCCCCACAGCCAGAAAAGCAGCAGCUCCGUCGCGGGCCUUUUACCGAAGAUGCGGACGACGACACCUCGGAGUGGAACCCCAUGAGCAUCCCCAACAUGCAGGAAUCAGGCAACGGGACUGCCGUCGCUGAUCAAUCCACUACUGUUUCUCCAAACCACCAUGGCAAUGACUUCGAUAUCGCUACCGAUGGCCAUGCAAAGAGGCGCAAGAUCUCGCAUGGCGAGGAGGACUAUGCGGCUUUUGCGGCCGGCGAUCUAGAUGCUGAUGUGGCUGACCUGCUUGCCACUCAGGGUAAACAUUAACUGAGCUAGAAGCAUUAUGGUCGAGGCCAUAUGUUACCUUGGUAAUGUAUGUGCUUCGAUUGCCCUUGUUUGGUGUGAUUUAUUCAUUUCACUUCUAUUCUAUUGACUGCCUCUUUGGGCAUUCUAGUUUCGGUUUAUGUUAGAUAUGAUUUUUUUUUUCG